AGGACCCCUUCGUCGGUCGGGUCUCGGCAGUGGAGCAGUUCACCUUUGUCCGUAACGGGCUAGUGCGGCAUAGUCUAUUUACUUAUCUGGUUUAGCGUCGGCUUUGAACAUGCGCUGUCUCAGGCUCCCGCGGAGCACUCCCAGAACGGAAACCACUUAACGCGUCGUCCCGCAUUAACCUUUUGCCGACGCGUUCGCGUUGGAGACGCGUCGCUUGAAGAAAAAGUGCUCCGUAGGGGAAGACUGAAGACUCAACUCAAGUCCUUUGAACUCUUUCUCAUCCAAAAGAAAAGCACACUGUAACUCUAUCAUUGCCAAUUCAUCUUCCCAUAAGUCAUUGAUCACCCCUUUUUUCCCCUCCGUAUCCUUGAUCUUGACCUCCACGGCCUUCGUCGGGGCCGUGUGCGCUGUCUGCCACUAUGUCUUCCCUUUUCGAAGCCGCUCUCCAGUCCGAUCCGGGCUCGAUUUCCGGUACUCGCGACCGACAACGCCUUAAUUCAGACAAUCUGCCCAGUUCACGACCUCAGCCAACCUCGGAGAGCAAUGGACCCAUGAGCGAAAUGCAUGGCUUCCCCGAUGACCAAGUGGUCGGUACCAACAGUUCGACCGUCAGCCGUCGUCGAAAUCCCUAUGUUGCAGGUCCCCCUCCUGUGAUCGAUCUUGCAGGUGAAAAGGUUCAGCAAGCGUUCGAGGAAUUACUCGAGACGUACAUGGAAGAGCCAACAUCGUCUGCCCCUCCUCCUUCUUCGGAGAUCCUUAGUGACAAAUACUACAUCGCGCAAAUCCAUGGGAUGAGGAAGUUCGAACUUUCCACACUUUACGUCGACUUUACCCAUUUGACGUCGUCGGAUAAUCAGAUUCUCGCUGAUGCAAUCGCCAACCAGUACUAUCGAUUCCUGCCCUUUCUCACCAGGGCCCUGCAUAACCUCAUCGCGAAAUACGAACCCGAGUAUUUUGUUUCGCAUCGCCAGGCUGGCAGUGCUUCAUCUCAGGCCAGCACGUCUGUGAUGGCCGCUAAUGCAAGUGUCACUGAGAAUCCAGACCUCAGGCGCGGCAUCAACGAGAAAACACGGCAUCAGCAGACUGAUAGAUUGUUCUCUUUGGCCUUCUAUAACCUGCCGCUGGUUUCCAGAUUACGGCAACUUCGGACGUCGCAGAUUGGAAAGCUUCUCUCCGUCUCUGGUACGGUUACUAGGACGUCUGAGAUUCGCCCGGAGCUUUCUCUGGGAACGUUCAUCUGCGAAUCCUGCAAGACUGUUUGUUCCAAUGUCGAGCAAACUUUCCGAUACACGGAGCCCGCAGAGUGCCCUAACGCCACCUGUGGCAACCGCACUGCAUGGCGCUUAGAUAUUGGGAAGAGCACGUUUGUUGACUGGCAGAAGGUGAAACUGCAGGAGUCGGCGCACGAAAUUCCUACGGGGAGCAUGCCUCGCACAAUGGAUAUCAUCUUGCGCGGUGAGAUGGUUGACCGGGUGAAGGCUGGUGAACGGUGCAUCUUCACUGGUGCUCUUAUCGUCGUCCCCGAUGUCAGCCAGCUAGGGCUUCCUGGAGUACGACCAGAAGCUACUCGGGACACUUCCUUCCGCAGUACUGAUGUUGGCGGGGGAGGUGUGAGUGGUCUCAAGUCACUAGGUGUCAGGGAUCUAACCUACCGCUUGGCUUUCCUGGCCUGCAUGGUCACACCUGAUUCAACGACUCCGGGCCAACAAUCGAACCAGCAUUUGAGUGGCCAGUCACACAAUAUCUUGGCCUCUCUCAAUCAAAACCAGCAACCCGAAGAUGACGAUGAUAAGGCUCAAGAAAAGUAUCUUCACAGUCUUACGCCAUCGGAGGUCCAGGACUUGAAGACCCUCGUCCAUUCAGACUACAUCUAUGCUCGCUUGGUAGAUUCCAUCGCUCCCAUGAUCUACGGCCAUCGACAGAUCAAGAAAGGCCUACUGCUACAACUGAUUGGAGGGGUCAGUAAGACCACGGAGCAGGAAAGUAUGCAAUUGCGUGGUGACAUCAACAUCUGCAUUGUUGGCGACCCCUCUACGAGCAAGAGUCAAUUCUUGAAGUAUAUUUGCUCUUUGCACCCUCGAGCAGUCUACACCAGUGGUAAAGCCUCAUCCGCCGCAGGGUUAACAGCUUCUGUUGUAAAGGAUGCCGAGACUGGCGAAUUCACCAUCGAGGCCGGUGCACUGAUGCUGGCUAACGGCGGUGGCAUCUGUGCUAUCGAUGAAUUUGACAAGAUGGACAUUAGUGACCAAGUUGCUAUCCACGAAGCCAUGGAACAGCAGACAAUAUCAAUUGCGAAGGCCGGUAUUCAUACCACCCUCAAUGCGCGUGCGUCUAUUCUCGCGGCGGCAAACCCUGUUGGUGGUCGGUACAACCCCAAGACCACGCUGCGGGCCAACCUCAACUUCAGUGCACCGAUCAUGAGCAGAUUCGAUCUGUUUUUUGUUAUCAGAGAUGAACCAAACGAGACGGUGGACCGCAAUCUGGCGGAACACAUUGUCAAUGUACACAGGAACCGUGAUGAGGCUGUCCAACCGGAGCUCAGUACAGAACAACUGCAACGGUACAUUCGGUUUGCACGUACAUUCCGGCCUGUCUUCACAGAGGAGGCCAAAGCCUUGCUUGUUGAGAAAUACAAGGAACUUCGUGCAAACGAUGCCCAAGGCGGUAUGGGGCGUUCUUCGUACCGAAUCACAGUCCGCCAGCUUGAAUCUCUCAUUCGGCUCUCAGAGGCUGUUGCCAAAGCCAACUGCGUUGAGGAGGUUGUUCCUAACUUUGUCCGCGAGGCGUAUGACCUCCUCCGACAGAGCAUUGUGACUGUUGAGAAGGAUGACGUCGAAGUGGAGGAUGAAGAGGAAAUCAAUGGUACUAACCUGCAUCGCAAUGGGGAGGACCAUGAAAUGGUCGACCGUGAUAGAGAUGGUGACAGCUCUAUGCAAGACGAUGGAGACCAACAGCCGCAGCAACCACAACGUCGCCAGAAAACAAAGAUAACAUACGAUAAGUACAUGAAGAUCUUGAAUAUCUUUGUACGGCGAGUCAACGAGGAAGAAUCUCGUUCAGGCGAAGGUGUAGAACAGGAGAAUUUGAUUAUUUGGUAUCUCGAGCAAAUCGAGUCUGAGCUCGAGAGCGAGGAAGACCUAGAACGGGAGCGCGACUUGGCGAUGAAAGUGCUGAAGCGAAUGGUGAAGGAUAACAUCCUGAUGCCUAUUCGCGGCGAAGGCCUUGUGGACUCUGACAACCCAGACGAGCAGGCACAGAGAACUGUUUACGUUCUACAUCCGAACUGCGCUGUAGAAGAGAUGUGAUUUUCUUCUUCAUAUUAAUAUUCUUUUUCUUUCCCUAUUCUUCCGAUACAUCUCUUUUGUGUUUCCUUUUUCUGCUAUGUUUUAUUAUAUUGGUGGUCAAGGGCAUGUCGGGUAUGUUCAGGCUGAGGUUCAGCAUAUGUCACAUAUAAGGUGGGAGUCAUCUAUAGGUGCAAGGGAUAAUGAUUGAUGAUAUCCGUUUCUUUUCUUUUCGUUAUUUCCUUCGUUUUUCUUAUGUGGACUGGGAUUGUUAUUUCCUGCGCCCUGGCUGCUUCUCCAAUGGCAGUUCUAUGGCCGGAAGGCUUGAGAUCUCCUACUGAUGCUUUGCUAAAUCAGGCCUGGCUCUACGGAGGACUUACAGGCAGUUCGAUGGUCUGGAGAGUAUCCAUUGAAGUUUGGUUAAUACACCAAAUGCAAUGCAAUGCACUCUGACAUGAAUCACUUCUCACUUGCUAUUCAGAUAGAAUCGUCUUCCUUCACCUGGCUCCCUCAACCUCUCUUUCUCACGAGAUCCCAGUUUAUGAAGUGACUUGCGGAUCUUCCAACACUCUCCUGUCUCAUGUUUUGAUUUCAUAGUAUACAUCGCGAAUAACGUCACUGAGGCCUUUUUUCAACAAGAAUCUGAGAAGCCAGUCCUCUGCAUAAUUUUUUCAUGCUAUUCACAACUGCAGAAACCAGCAAUUUUACCCUCCCUAGGAUAGUAGACCCGGGAAAUUGAGUUGAUUAUUUUGG